AUGGAAGGCCUUGCGGCCGUCAGCCUUGCGGGUAACAUACUCCAGUUCAUCCACUGCUCGAGGGAGAUCCUGAGGACGUCCCGUGAGAUCUUGGCUUCUGGUGCAAAGGCAGGGUAUCUGGAUUUAGAAAUCAUCGCCGAGGACUUGCGCAGCCGCGCGGACGUUAUAGCUGUACCGCAACUUACGGAUGGGGAAGUCACAUCACAGGCCCGAGACUCUUUAGAAGCGCUAUCCCUCCAGUGCAAGGACGUUGCCGACGAGCUUUUGGCGGUCCUUGCACGGUUGAAGUUGGAUCAGGACAAGACCAAAUGGACGAGCUUUGUCCAGGCACUCCAGACGCAGUGGCACGACUCGGAGAUUGAAGCGCUGCGUGACAGACUGACGGCCAUCGGGCAAGCGGUCGAUGCACGCCUCGCUGACAAUCGCACUUCCGGCCUUCAAGCCCAGUUGAACAAGUUGCUGGAGAACAAUCGACGGCUCGAGAUUUCACGAAUGCAGGAUAUCGUGGGGUUGAAGGAAUACUUCAAACAAGCUCUCGAGAACCAUCAGGACAAGAAGAAAGAAAAGAACGAGGGCCUCUGGGCUGACCAGGUCAGCAAAGUCGCUUCCGAGGGCAUUCACUAUUCUGCAGAGCAGGCCAUCUUGUCCAGACUGCGUUUCGUGCGCCUCGAAGAUCGAUACUCAACCAUCUCACCGGCGCAUCACAACACCUUGACCUGGCUUUUUGGCUCCCACGGUGAUCAAGCACAGCACGCGAGCUCAACGACUUUCGCUCAAUGGCUACAGUCGGACGACAAUCUUUAUUGGGUUUCCGGUCGCCCGGGAUCAGGAAAAUCAACGCUCAUGAAGUUUCUCUGCGCCCACCAGUCGACCAAAGAGCAGCUGAAGCUUUGGGCGAGAGACGACGAUGUGGUCAUUGCAGAGUACUUCUUCUGGAACGCCGGGAAGAACGAGCUCCAGAAGUCUCAGGAAGGUCUGCUUCGCUCUUUGCUCUACCAGAUUCUCAGGCAGUGCCCUGAGCAGAUUCGCUUGGUGUUUCCCGGGACGUGGCGGUCAUACAACGGUAGCCAUGCUUCUCGCAGUGACGGUACCGACGUUUCACUCGAACCCGACAUGCCUUCGAGCAUUCCGGGCUUGAUGGAUGCGCUCGCUCGGACGUGUGACACGCUCACCAGGUCGCACAAACGUUUCUGCUUCUUCGUUGACGGCCUCGAUGAAUACAGUGGAGAUACGAACGACAUUAUUCAGCUGGUAGGAGUACUCCGAGCUCUCGAACAUGUCAAGAUCUGUGUUUCAAGCCGCCAGUGGAAUGAGUUCGAAGAAGCGUAUGGCAAAAGUCACACAACCAAGCUCCUCAUGGAACACUUCAACGAUCGGGACAUCAACGUGUACAUUGACGAUGUGUUCGCACACGAUGAAAACUACCAAGAGCUGGAGGACAGGGAAACCCGCGGUAAAGCUCUCGUGGAUGAAAUCGUCGCCUCGGCAAACGGCGUCUUCUUGUGGGUUGUGUUGGUGGUGCGGUCCUUCCAAGACGGCCUGCGCGAAGGGGACAGCAUCAAACGUCUGCAAGAGCGGUUACGUCAUCUCCCCAAGAACCUGGAAGACUACUUCGAGCGCAUCUUGUUCCACGACGUGAAAGAGAGCUAUCGCGACCAGGCGGCUCAGAUGUUUCUGGUGACUUUGAUCGCCAAGGAGAAUCUCCCACUCAUGGCCUACUGGUUCCUGGAUGAGGAUUGCCCAGCCGAACGUCGGCCUUUGACCGUGCAACAAACCAUCCGGAGACAUAAAGAUGCCCGGAAGCGUUUGAUCGCGGGCUGCAAGGGCCUUCUCGAGCCUCACUUGGUAGCCUCGGACAACAGCCUACAACUUCCCUCUGCCAUACUCUUCGAGUAUAGGGUCGACUUCCUGCACCGGACUGUGCGGGAUUACCUAGAGCUACCGGCGACGGAUGUUCGAAGGUGGGCACGCCCAGGGUUCGACCCAGACGAGGCUAUCUGCAAAGCCGUAUUCUCGCAGAUCAAGACAUCUCCGCAAGAGCUUGAUUAUGGUCCUCACAUCUUAGGGCUCUAUGACAUCUUCAGCUAUCAUAUCGGUGCUGUCUCUGGUUCGUCGAGAAUGCGGGAGCUUGAGGAGGAGCUUGAGGAGAUUAUGGUCGGCUAUGGUGUGUCUACUGCAGCGGUGAUCAGCGAUGAGGGCAUCGAGAAAGAGGCCGAUAGUUCCAGUGAGCAGUCGCUCGAGGGAAGAGCUGUGCACACAGCCAAGGACCCCAAGUCUGAGAAAGAGUUGCCUGGGAAGAGGGCAUCGGCAGUGAAGAACUGGGUGCGGAAGCGUGUCAACAAGACAUUCAAGACGGGUUUGCGGUGA